AUGCGUCUCCAUGAAUACCUCCUGUUGGGCGUGUCAGUAGCCAUGUGUGUCGACGCUCGUGUCCUCAUAACCGAGCAAGUCGAUGCUGUCAUCGCCGAGGACGUCGAUGCUCUCAUGGCUCAGGAUGGCAGCGCCUUGAACGAAGUGUCAUUCGAUCCAACCGAUGCCAUGGAACGUCGACUCUAUUCCCGAAGCUUGCCUCCAUGCAAGGAAUUGUAUGGCGAAUCGUUCGAGACCAAUGCCACGGCUCAGGUGAUUGCGAACGCAAGAUACAGUCUUUCGCAUACUGUCAAGUACCCAAGCAUUGGUUGGAAACAUCAAAUUUGUAACCAUUGGCAAGUGCUUUGCAUGUCUCUUGCGGGAGGCAUCGACUGGGACGGUAACUCAGGCCAGAUUGGCACCAUUAUGGGACACUGGCAUGGAGAAGACGGCUCCGAGCUCCUGGCAGUGCAUUACUGGCACAACGAAUUGGGCUUCACAGGCAGGAACGCCGGUGCCAAGAUAUAUCCAGCCCACGGCUGUAUAUUCAUCUGUGUGAAGGGCUACAUGAAUGCCAAGGUCAUGUACUCUGGAUACAGAGACCGCCAAGGAAAUCAAAGAGGUGUGAUAGGGAAUGACACGGCGCGCACAGGACUUGACCCGAAAGGGAACCCCAGAGAUCCAGACUGGUGGGAUGGGCCUUGCAGGUGUUACGGUAACCAGCGUUGGGAUAUAUUCGGCAGUGAUAUUGCGUUUGAGUGGAGGAAGGGCUAG